CAGACUUUCCCAUCGGAGUGCCCCAUGAGUGCAGGGGAGGAGAAGGGUCCGGCACACCAGGCUGGGUUACACUGUAGUAAGGACCUGGCGGGCAAGUUGGUGGAGAUCAACCCACUCAACAUGGAGGCCUUCCCUAACCAGCAGCCUGCACCAGACCAACCAUUUAAACUGCCUACUGAGAGACAGGUUUCGUCAAUUCCUAAAGCUGACUCGGAGGAAGAGAACUGGGUGUAUCCGUCCCCACAAAUGUUCUGGAACGCCAUGCUGAGGAAGGGUUGGCGGUGGAAGGACGACGACCUCUCCCAGCGCGAUAUGGACAACAUCAUCCGCAUCCAUAACGUCAACAAUGAAUUAGCUUGGCAGGAGGUGCUGAAGUGGGAAUCCCUCCACAAGAAGGAGUGUGGCAACCCCAGACUGAAGAAAUUUGGUGGGAAGGCGACGGAGUUCUCUCCUCGGGCCCGCAUGAGGAGCUGGAUGGGGUAUGAGCUGCCAUUUGACCGACACGACUGGAUUGUUGAUCGUUGCGGCAAGGAAGUCCGUUACAUUAUUGACUACUAUGAUGGAGGAGCGGUGGACCCCAAUGACUACAAAUUUGCCAUCCUGGACGUGCGGCCGGCAAUGGACUCCCUUGAGAACGUAUGGGACAGGAUGGUGGUGACCUGGUGGCGCUGGACCAGGAGCUCUGACUAACCAACUCCUUCCUUAUUGUAACACCAACAAUAAUUCAAAUCUUUAGUCACUUUUAGAUGUAGGUAUUGUAAUUAUUUUACUUCAUUAUUGGAGUUUUUUUUAGGGCAGUUUAAGAAUUUUUCAUCAAUUAACAAAAGACUGCCAGAACUAAGUGUUGAGAAGAGGACAAUGAGCAGCAACUUGGUGAUGCUUCAACACCAUGACAAGUACACAGAAAACACCAACAAUAAUUGAUGCCACAUAUACUGAUGAGCAGAGCAACCCAACCCAACCCAACCCAACCCCAGCCAACCCCAGCCAACCCCAGC